AUGGAAAAGGUUGGGAAACGUGUUUCUGACCUGUCGGUGAGCUCGGACUCGGAUAGCUCCCAGGCCAGCUCCAACGCCGGGAACCAGCCCAUGCUCUGGCCCGCCUGGGUUUACUGCACUCGGUACUCGGACCGGCCCUCCUCAGGUCCCCGCUCCCGCAAACCAAAGAAGAAGAACCCCAACAAGGAGGACAAGCGGCCCCGCACCGCCUUCACCGCCGAGCAGCUCCAGAGACUCAAAGCCGAAUUCCAGACGAACCGGUACCUGACGGAGCAGCGGCGGCAGAGCCUGGCCCAGGAGCUGGGCCUGAACGAAUCCCAGAUUAAAAUCUGGUUCCAAAACAAACGAGCUAAAAUCAAGAAGGCGACGGGAAGCAAGAACUCCCUGGCAGUGCACCUCAUGGCCCAGGGGCUCUACAACCACUCCACCACGGCGAAAGACGGCAAGUCGGACAGUGAAUAGC